UAGAUUUCUCGCUUUUGCCAGGGCUCUCCCGCGUAUCGCACACACAGUCGCCGACCACAUCCGCGUCACGUCGGUCCGCCAGCAUAACGUGCGCUGCUAUUGUGCGCUCACAUCGAAUAGUAGCUGUUGAAGUAUAAACAAGUAUAUCUAAAGUCUAAGUAUUAUUCCAGUGUUUAUAGUUUGGCCGACCAGUUCAAAAAAAAAAAAAAAAAAACAAUCGAUCAAAGAUCGACGGCCUCACCAAAAAAACCAACGGAACAGUAAUGUUCGGGGUCAUACUAAGGUAUGCCUCAUGGUUGCCCGUGGAUAGUAUCACUACUUAGAUGGGCCUUAUUAUCCGGUUGUUUGGCCAGACCACUGAAUUCAAAUUCCGGGCUGCCUGAAAGUGCAAAACCAAAUAUGACCGAAGAGAAUCUCACUUGUUACACUUGCAUAAACGUGUCGGACAAUUUAACAUGCAACCAAUACGCAAUAGACAGACCUUGUGCUCGAGACUUAGAUUACUGCCAAACAUUACACAUAAUGGACUCGACCGGAUCAAGCGUCAUAGUAAACAAGAAAUGCGCCAACCGAUCCGAAUGCCAUCCAUCUACAGUGGGGUGUCUUCGCAUUGACACACAAACAGUUUGCGUGUCUUGUUGUGACGGAAUGUACUGCAACACGACUGUGCCCACUAAUCAGACAAAUGCCGUUGUGACGAUAACCCGCAAAGCGCACAUGGCCCAAAAUGGCCCAAAAACUAAGUCUGCGGCCACCAAAGCAUCGUACUCCACGUUGACGUUUGCAUCUUACAUAAUACUAUUGCUCCUAUUGACCGCACUGCGAUGUUAAUCCACACAUGUGUUACAUUUAAGGUACCUACCUACUUAAAUAUUAUUAUUAUUAUAAUAUACAUACACACACACACGCAUUCACACACAUAUAUUAUAUUAUAUACAAAAGUACUCGAGUAUAGGUAAUUGUAAUGUAACUCUUUAUUAAUAUUUUACGUUGAAAUUUAUAUUGAUUAUUGUGUAAGCGUUAAUUAAAUUAUUAUGUCUAGUUCAGUAAGUCUUAUGUCUAAGAAAAUAGUAUAUAAUAUAUUGUAGAUUAUUUAUAACAUUUAAAACGAUAACCUAAUGUGUUGUGUGUAAUCAAGUAAAAAAUAAAACAUUUUAAUAACAACGACCGUUCAGAUCACACCAACACAUUAUACUACAUUAUGAAUAAUUAUUUUAAAUAUGUUAUUUGUUAACUAUUUUGAAGACGGGUUAAGUAUUUUUUUUUUUUUUAUUAAACGACUUUUUGUUUGUUUUAGUAAAACACGGAUAGUGUAGGUACAUUUGUUAAUUGUCAAUUAUAACGACUUAUAAGUUAUAUACUAAUGCCCAGUUGCAUCAAACUUGUCGUUAUCUAUUGGUAAAUUAUUUACCACCGUAAUAAACUAACUUUUGUUAAAUUAACAUGUGUUAAAUUUACGAGUGUCGCUAAAACGUUGUUUUAUAUUCAGGUUAUUACCAGUAUACUGGUUAUCGAAUAAAUGGUAUCAGCAGUAGAUGUAUUAUUACCAUAGUCCAUACAGGGUCUAAUCAAUGAUAAACUGAUAACGCACAUUUCCAUUAUCACCACUUUAACGCAAAACAUUGAUAACAAAAUUUGAAUAUACAUAAAUUUUUACACAGCGAUAAAUGACCCUGUAAUUUAACUCGUGAUAAAGUACAUUUUUAACAACAGAUAAAAUUUAAAACAUGGUUUAUGCAACAGAAUUUAUUUUAACCCCAGUUAAACGAGUUUAUCUCUGUUAUAUGUAUUUGGUGCAACCCGGCACUAAUUUUUAUAAUAGCAAUACAAUUUGUUGUAAGACAAUAAUUGUCUUGAGAUAUCGGUAGAAAAAAAAUAAAAAAGCCACAAUUAUUAUUAUGCUUUGAAAAAUCGAACAUAAUCAUUAUAUUGUCAUCGGGAAAAUAAUUGACCAGCUUACUUUGUGAUAUGCCAGCUGUGAAUAAACAAAUGGAGGUAUUUGGACAACCAACCCGUAGGGUCUCUUGUAAUCCCUAAAGACCCUGACUAAUCGAUACCACCGUGAUGGCAAUACAUUUUAGAAAAGUCCAGUACUCGCAAGUCGACUGAAUAUUAGUUUUUUUCUAAAAUAAAAACAAUAAUUGUUGAACUUUUUUUUUUUUUACUCAGUGAGAGCCCAUAUUUUGUUUUUGUUUUAUGUUGCUUGGCCCGUCAAGUGUUUGUUUAUGUCAAAUGGUUGUAUAGGUAUUAAAUAUUAUAUAAAUGUUAUGUAUUAUUGGCUAAUAUUAUUAUCAUAAGAUAUUAUAGAGUACCGUGACAAUGACAUUAUACCUUACCCACUUAGCCACCGACUUUGCCCUCCUCAUUACUUUGUGUUGGAUUAUAUACUUAAUAAUGUUAUGUAAAUUAAUCCCCCAAUAAAAUUAUGAUGUUUGCAAUUAUUGGGAUAAUUUAUGUUGGUUUUUAGGUUUAAACUUAGAUAUUUGUAUAAGGUUCUCGUCGUCUUGUAUGUAUAUUAAAUAAAUAAAUAA